CGCGCCGCCGACCCCGGGCGGGCGCCGGGCGCAGGAGCCGGGGUUCCGGCCGCGAUCUGCUGCAGCUCGGCCGGGAGACGGCGCGACCCGGCGGCGGGGCCACCCGCGAGUCCAGCGUCGCCGCAGCCCCCCAAUGCGGCCGCGAGAAGCAGCGGGGGGGCAGGCGAUCGAAGAGUUUUCUGCUUGUCGCCCAAGCUAGACUGCAAUGGCACGAUCUUGGCUCACUGCAACCUCUGCCUCCUGGGUUCAAGUGAUUCUCCUGCCUCAACCUCCCAAAUAGCAGCCUCUAGAAGACCAGCAUUCUCGUGAUUAUGGAGGCCCCUCUGUCCUUUCUGUGACGGGAGCAAUGCUGACCUCGGUUUCCUGGACCCAUUCCGACUCAGGAGCCUUCACGUAGAUGGGUCCAGUCAUGCCUCCCAGUAAGAAGCCAGAAAGCUCAGGAAUUAGUGUCUCCAGUGGACUGAGUCAGUGUUACCGGGGCAGCGGUUUCUCCAAGGCCCUUCAGGAAGACGAUGACCUCGACUUUUCUCUGCCUGACAUCCGAUUAGAAGAGGGGGCCAUGGAAGAUGAAGAGCUGACCAACCUGAACUGGCUGCACGAGAGCAAGAACUUGCUGAAGAGCUUUGGGGAGUCGGUCCUCAGGAGUGUCAGCCCCGUCCAGGACCUGGACGAUGACACCCCCCCAUCCCCUGCCCACUCUGACAUGCCCUACGAUGCCAGGCAGAACCCCAACUGCAAACCCCCCUACUCCUUCAGCUGCCUCAUAUUUAUGGCCAUCGAGGACUCUCCAACCAAGCGCCUGCCAGUGAAGGAUAUCUACAACUGGAUCUUGGAACAUUUUCCGUAUUUUGCAAAUGCACCUACUGGGUGGAAAAACUCAGUGAGACACAAUUUAUCAUUGAAUAAGUGUUUUAAGAAAGUGGACAAAGAGAGGAGUCAGAGUAUUGGGAAAGGGUCGUUGUGGUGCAUAGACCCAGAGUAUAGACAAAAUCUAAUUCAGGCUUUGAAAAAGACACCUUAUCACCCACACCCACACGUGUUCAAUACACCUCCCACCUGUCCUCAGGCAUAUCAAAGCACAUCAGGUCCACCCAUCUGGCCGGGCAGUACCUUCUUCAAGAGAAAUGGAGCCCUUCUCCAAGAUCCUGACAUUGAUGCUGCCAGUGCCAUGAUGCUUUUGAAUACUCCCCCUGAGAUACAAGCAGGUUUUCCUCCAGGAGUGAUCCAAAAUGGAGCGCGGGUCCUGAGCCGAGGGCUGUUUCCUGGCGUGCGGCCGCUGCCAAUCACUCCCAUUGGGGUGACAGCGGCCAUGAGGAAUGGCAUCACCAGCUGCCGGAUGCGGACUGAGAGCGAGCCGUCCUGUGGCUCCCCAGUGGUCAGCGGAGACCCCAAGGAGGAUCACAACUACAGCAGUGCCAAGUCCUCCAACGCCCGGAGCACCUCGCCCACCAGCGACUCCAUCUCCUCCUCCUCCUCCUCGGCCGACGACCACUAUGAGUUUGCCACCAAGGGGAGCCAGGAGGGCAGCGAGGGCAGCGAGGGGAGCUUCCGGAGCCACGAGAGCCCCAGCGACACGGAAGAGGAUGACAGGAAGCACAGCCAGAAGGAGCCCAAGGAUUCUCUGGGGGACAGCGGGUACGCAUCCCAGCACAAGAAGCGCCAGCACUUCGCCAAGGCCAGGAAGGUCCCCAGCGACACACUGCCCCUCAAAAAGAGACGCACCGAAAAGCCCCCCGAGAGCGAUGAUGAGGAGAUGAAAGAAGCGGCGGGGUCCCUCCUGCACUUAGCAGGGAUCCGGUCCUGUUUGAAUAACAUCACCAAUCGGACGGCAAAGGGGCAGAAAGAGCAAAAGGAAACCACAAAAAAUUAAAAACAAGUCACUGAUUUGUUUUGAACUUACGGCCAUUUGGUUUCAGCAUGUCAGGAGAUUUCUAAUGAUUUGUGGCAAUAUCAGCAAUUUUUUUUCUUUUUUCUUGUUUUUGGUUUGGUUUUCUUUCUUUUCUUUUCCUUUUAUUUUGUUUUAAUUUGCCCCCUCUUCUUUGUUUUGGACCCUUAAGAAUUUUAUUUUUAAAGGAGAUUGAAGCCAUAGAACUCAUAUUGACACUCAGCUGUUUUACAAAAGCUUUUCAUUAUCUGAAGACAUAACCGAAAAAGCCAAAAUUACCAUUGCUUCCUCCAGCUUGUCAGAAACCUGUGGCUGAAUCCGCAGGGAUGUCAACGUCAAUACCACAGGAACACACAUUCGGCACCUAGAAGGCACGUGGGCAAAGUAAUCAUCGUUCAGGCCCAACCCUUAGGUUUAAAAAGUCAGGUUGUCCAUCCCAUUGGGUUCACUGAGUGAAGGCACAUAAAGCAAUUGAGGAGAAGGAGGAACCCCUCGUCCCCCUAGGAGCAGACCCAAGCUUGUGGCACCAGGCAUCUGAUGGUGCCAGGAAAGCCACUGGAAUUGUCACACGGCGAGCACAGAGGGCCGGCCACCAGUCCUCCAUGCUUCUGAGCCCUGAAGCCCGAUGACGUCUUACGAGGUGGACGUUGGACUGUUCAUGCACAUCGGGUGUCAGUGACUCAUGGAGAAGAAAUGGGGUAAAUUUUUAGUGAUGUUGCUAAUCAUUGAAUUCUGUUCUCUAUUAAAUUAAGAAAAUGUUCCAAAAGCCAUAAGCCUGAAGAUUGGCCCUGUGCGCGCGUGCGCGCGCGCACACACACACACACACACACACACACACACACACACAUGAAGGAGAGAGAGAGAAAACUGAUGCGGAAAACAAGCUGUGUCUUCUUAAGUGCCCAAGUGAAAAGCAACCAAGUCCAGGAAAUUACAAUAGCUGUUAAGGAAAGGAAAUAAUGGUACAGUUCUUUUUCUGUCUAUCAAAACUAUUUGAUCCAAGUGAAAAACAAAAAAACUAGAAAGCUAUGGAACCUGCCAUUAGUAUUGUGGUGUAUUUUUAAGAUUAAAGGUACACUGAUGGACAAAAAAAAAAAGUAAAACAUGGCAAAAAAUAAAAUAACUCCUAUACUGCCCUCAAAAUGGAGUUUGCAAUUAAUAUCAGGAUUUAUCUUUGCAAAAAUCAGUGAUUUCCACAUUCAGCCAGUAUAGCCAGCAGAAAUUUCUGAUCCACAAUGCAUGGAUUCCUUUGAAGAAAAAAAAGAAAAAGAGAAAAAAAUCACAAAAACAAACUUUUUUUUAUUCAAAAGUAACAAAGUUCUUGUAAGGUAAAUAAUGUAUUUAGCAUGAAGCAUGAAUUAUUUUCAUAUAAAUAUAGAAAAUAGAGAAAAGGCUAUGCCUGUAAUUUUUAAGCCCUUAGGCUUAGAGUUUCUUUUGGUUUUCUUCUUUUUUCUUUCUUUUUCUUUGCUUUCUUUUUUUCCUUUUUGUUUUUGUUUUUGUUUUUUUUUUCGGGUUAUUUUGUUUUGGUUUUUUGAAGCAGGUGUUUAAGGUUUAACCUUCUUCAGGGACAAAUUCUGACUGCUGGGGAACUUACCCUGCAAUAUAAAAAUAUCUUCAUGCUCUGGUAGGGCUUGGAUGGUUGAACUCUGUACUGCCUUGUGUGCACUUCAGCCCCGACCCCCUCUGAUUCUCUGUUGAAAAGUGUGUCCUUUCUCUCUGUCUGUACAUGUUUAACAUGACGCAAUAAUUUGAGGGCAAACUUAGUAGUGAGUGUGUAUGAUAGAAUCAAGAGAAUUAUGGGACGCUUACUUGAGAAAAUCAUUACCAUGAUUUGGUUCUAGGAAAAAGGCAGUGAAUAAUUAUGCAAAUUAGCCAGAAGAAGGGGAAACGUGCUAAUGGGCCUUAUUGGGUGAGGGGACGAGAUGGGGUUCAUGUGAAGGAGGAAGCGAUGCCGAGGUAGGAAAGGCCAGCCCCAGACAUCCUAUCGCCACAAUGCCAUGUCGCAAUAGGAAGCAGGGGCCGGCCAUCGCUACCUUCAGCACACUGACCAACCUGGAAUUAAGACCACCUAGAUUGCGAGAGCUGAAUUUAGAAACCAGACAACGUCAUGCAGCCCAGAAACUCCUGUUGUUACCUUAGCCUAAGAAAUUUUCUUUAAUGGCGGGGGCGGGGGUCCAAAGAGAAAUCUCUAAAAGAAUAUGAUCUUCCAUCCAAGUGUAGGGAAACUUUAAAACACAAACACCCAGUACUGUGGCUCAGGAUAUGAUGGGUGAGGAGCGGGAGGGAACACAGAUGACCUUAACUUUUAAAAAAGGGACUGCUGUGGGCCAAAGCCAAGCCCAUCUGCCAGGACCAGGUAAUGUCAGAGCUCCAUCAGCCCGGACAGUGGGAACUAACUGGUGCAUUCCCCACACUUACCUUCCGGUGGGUUGCUGAUGAGAGAACCUGAAAAAACCUACACCUCUACAGCAGGUCGAAUUCAUGACCUGGAGCUGAAUACUUCCAGCAUAUUUAUUCACGGUGUAGGUGGGAAUAAAGUAUCUUCGCAGUGCUCUGUUCCCUCCGUCUCCCCAGACAUCUGACACCCUAAAAGCCAUCCACAGCUAUGGAACCUGAGCGACACCUUGAUUUGUGUUGUCACCUGACCAAGCCUAAAGACCUCCAACUCAGUCCCCUACCUUCACCUCCCCCCCCCCCCCCCCCCACAGAUGAUAAAAUUCAGACCUCUCUCCUGAAAGGCAGAGGUUCAACCUUCAGGACUGUUUCUGGCCGAGGACUUCUUCCAAUUAAAACCCCCACCGUGGGCUGUCUCCCCUCAUUUCAUUUUUCUAAAGGGGCAGAGGCCUCUUUUAGAAAAUAAUAAAAUGCAAUGUGUGUGAUUUACUUUUCUGAUCUCUUUGAGAAAUAGAGAAAUAUAAAAGUGUGUUCUUAACUCCAGAACCACUCUUUUUGCAUAAAUACCUCAUCGGGCAGCUUUCUAAGUGUGAUUUUCCUGAGUCUCCCUUCGUUGGAUCUGCCGGAAGACUUGUCGGGGAACCUUUAGUGAGGGUACUUCUUCCUAUUUUUCUUCUGUUUUUGGAGGCAUACACAUUAUGCAUAACCAAAACAAUGGCUCAAUUGUGUUUAACUUUGUAUUUUGAUUGUUGAGAACAAAAACAAAAAGUAUCAAUGUGUAUGUGGCUGUUUGUAGUGAAUUCAUUGGAGAAUGAGGUUGUCCGUGUCCUUAACAAGCCAAGGGGCAGGAGGCACCCUCUCUUAUCCCCUCCUCCAAGAGCAGUAGAGAAUUUAAGCACAAGCCUAUUUGUGAAAGAAUAUUUUGCUUAAGUGUCAUUCACUUUAGUCUUGGAAUUCCUUCCCAAACGUCAGGUGUUCUUUUAGCUUCCAAACUAGCAUAUGUAUCCAUUAGUCUGACAGAUCGCCUGAACACCAUUAAGAGGUGUGGCGUUUUUGCUUUCAUUUCUCCUGCUGGGAGAAGUGGCGGUUCAUGUGUCAUUCCAGUAUCUCACAUACUCACACGGGGCAGGGGGGAGGGGGAAACGGGGAACUAUAGCAAUAUUUAAAGAUGCUUUGGAAACCAACCGUGAACACAUCAACACCACGACGUCUACGAUUACUUGCUAUUGGCCCUCGGAUACAUUUAAGAGAAAGAGACAGUCACUCUUUUUUUUCUUAAAUGAUAUACACAUAAACAGUUAUUUUUAUCCUAUUAUAAUUGUCUUUUGUCUUUAUCUAGUACUAUGUGGAAAGGGUUUGCAUCAUAGAUUUUUCCCAGCCUUAUAAUAUACCAUAAGCUCCUACUUCCCUGCCCCUCUCUAAUCAGUAUUCUUUCAAGAGUUCUUUGGUGAAGCCAUCUAUCUGAAACUAAAAUAAACCAAACCCAUAUUUCACUGGUGGUUGGAGAAAACCAUGGCCAAAACGAUUGUGGCAGGUCUCAAUCUUGGGAGUUUUUAAGAAGGAAUGUGCCAGAGGCCUUUCCCAAGAACAGAGUUUUCUUUUGUUUUGCAGAGGCAUUCAAUGUGUCUAGUGCUUGCUGGCCACAGCAGUUACUACCACAGAGCCUUCUGGGAGGGGCCGUUGUGUUGAAGGAGGCUCCUGCCUGAGGGACAGCAUCAGGCAGUGGGCUCUGUAGAGUGAGAACCAGGUGGAGGCCUUCUGUGCCCAGCUCAGAGUUCUGCACCACGCCAGGACUGCCCAGGCCAAGGGCUACUGACGCAAGUUCCACUCAUUCCACUCUGUGGGGGGCGCCUUGUGCCUCUCCUGGAAGGGCUCUUGGAGAAGGAAUUGGAGUUACGUACAAGUGACCUAAAUGGGAAGCUUUUCUAGAUGAGAUUGGAUUAAAUUCCAUGUGAUUUCUCUUUCCCUUUAAUCCAGGUUGGGACUCGUUUCUUUCUGGUGGAUCACAGCUGCCCAGAUGUUGCAAUUGAUUUUUAUGUUUCUGUAGAGAAGUAUUUUUCUUUCAUCUUCAGGAUUUUUUUUUGCCACCAAAAGAAAACAUUGGAACUCUGUGUUUCCUCUUGAUUGUGACUUCCCAGUGUUGACAGUUAAGUCCUUAGUGUCGUAGGUCCCAGCCCACCAAUACUAUAUCAAACACUGUUAUGCACAUAAUGCAGCACUGUGAUCUAAUUUAAAUAAUACUUUUUUAUUAUUUAUACUACUAUAUAUAAUAUACAUCAACACUUUUGCUAUAUAACCUAAGUGAUAACCCUCUUUUAGUUACCUGCCAAACUCUGGACUUGGUUUAUAUUGCAGUUAACACAGUUACAAAGUUGUAAUGGUGUCUUUUUUUCCUUUGUAACGGAAUGUGUAAAUCAAAGUAUAUACAUUGUGUGGUGUUCCUGUUUCUGGAGUUUCAUGAGGAUUUACACAUGGCAUUCAGUGUUCUGUAUAGAUCUGCCUACCUUUGUGAAUUCAUCUGUUAACCCCUCUUCCUUUGAGAGAGCACCGGCGAUGGUGGUUAACUCCUUGUGUUUUCUCUCUCUCCUACUGGUUAUUCUUGAAUUAAGCACAGACUCGUCAGCUCGGUUGCUUUAUCAUGAAUAAUGUGUGUGACCUUGCAGUUCUUCCACAGUUCAGCAAACAAGUGCUAGCUUCACUGACCAAAAAUUAAGGAAGGAAAACACAGUUUUUAAAACGAUCCAUCUUUUAACAGCCGAAACCGAUGUGUCUAUGGUGCUGCACCUUGCUGUUGUACUUCUGAAAUCAGACCUGUGUGAACGAUCAUUUCUGACUUAACCGUGAGAUGCUCACGAGUACCCUUCCUGUUGUUUUGUUAGCAUUGAAAUCGAGACUAUUUAUUUGGAAUAUAUACAACAGUGUUUUUCCACUGUAUUUCAUUUGCAAAAGUUGAGAACUGCUUUCUCUACCUUUUGCAAAAUAAUUGAUAUUCCAUAUUGGAUUCUCAAAGACUUCGAUAUGGUGAACCUAUUAAACCUAGAAAUUGUAUUCAUCCUUUCAUGACUGUGGCCUGAGUUCCCCAGCCCCUCUCCUCCUUUUUUUUAGAUGAGAUUUAGCACACUCUCAGUUAUUUAAACAUGCAACAUUUCUUGAGUAUGUAUGUUGAGGCCAUCUGAGCUCAUAGCUGAUUCAGUAACCAGUUUCAUGCUGUGUCAUUCACACUCACUACUUAAUACUGCCAUGGUGAAAAUGUGGAGGAAAAAUGUAUCCAUGUGUGUCUGGGAAGCAUAUACACUUGUACAUUUUUUAAUACUCUGAUUCUGUAACAUUUCUGAGUUUUGUUUUGUUUUACAGAAAAAAAAAAAAGUGAUAAAGCAAUCAGAAGACCAAGAGGUUUACUAUUGAUGCUUAGGGUCGUCUGACCUUGGCUGGCCAAUAGACCUACACGGCCAAAUUAAUUUACGAGAGUAAUAAUUUUUCAAAAGCCAAUUUUUUUUCUGUAUUUUCUGUAUGAAACUGCCAAUAUCAUGAAUAGAAAGGGAGAACCAUAAAGGAGAAAGAACGUGAUGUUCUGUUAUGUUCAUGUGAACCUAAAGAAACAAUGUGGAGGCAGGCGCGAUCAGCCGAACUCUAGGGACUUGGUGUUGCUUGGAAGGCAUCCAUACCUGCAUUUUGCAUUCUUCGUAUGUAAUCAUAUUGCCAAAGACAAACUAUUUCAUCAUUUAUUGUAAAUAACACUUUUCCCCAGACCUACCAUAAAGUUUCUGUGAUGUAUUGUCUUCCAGUUGCAAUAAAAAUUACUGAGUUGCAUCAAUUGAAGAAAAACA